AUGGCGGAGGGAGCAGCGGAAGAGGCUCCAGCAGACGGCAGUGGCGAUUCAGCAGUUAGCGCGCCAGAACGGGGAGUAGCGCCUAUUAAACCUCAGUACCUCGCCACCAAGGAGCAGUUCCAUGAAUUCCUGGAAGCCACUGGGAAGGAGAAAGUCCUCCGGGAAACCGAGGUGGUGGGACCUGAUAGCCAGGACCUGGCUGAGCCUGAGGCCAAGCGGGCCCGGGUGGAGGACGGACCGGCGGAAGAUGGACAGUUGGAGAUUGGACAGACAGAGGAGGCCGCUGAGUUCCGGGAGCAGCCUCAGACUCAGAAGAGGGCUCGGGGUCAGAACAAGGGCCGGCCCCACCUUAAGCCCCCUCACUAUGAUGGGAACCGGCUCUGCCCGUCCCUGGUCCAGGGCUCAGCUGCCAAGUGCUUCUUUGGUGGCCGCUGCCGCUUCCUGCAUGAUGUGGGCCGAUACCUGGAGACCAAGCCAGCUGACCUGGGCCCUUGCUGUGUGCUAUUUGAAACCUUCGGCCGGUGUCCCUAUGGUGUGACCUGCCGCUUCGCUGGGGCCCAUUUGGGGCCCGAGGGUCAGAACCUGGUGCGGGAGGAGCUGGUGACCCAAGGGGUUCAACCCUCACGGGUCCGCAACGGCCUGGACAAGGCCCUGCAGCAGCAGCUGCGCAAGCGCAAAGUCCGCUUUGAGAGAUCAGAGUGGGCCUUGCGCCAGUUAGGCCCCGCCCCCGGGCCCGCCCCUGCCGUUGCUGCCAGCGGGGAGGCAGUCCAGGCUGAGGCUGCUCCAGGGCCCUGUGAUGGUGAUGCCCAGCAAGCCCUGCCAGGCAGCCCCGUACAGACCUGUGGGCCCCUGACAGACGAGGAUGUAGUCAGACUUCGGCCUUGCGAGAAGAAACGGCUGGACAUUAGUGGCAAAUUGUACCUGGCACCACUCACCACGUGUGGAAACCUGCCCUUCAGGCGGAUCUGUAAGCGUUUUGGGGCCGAUGUAACCUGUGGAGAAAUGGCCAUCUGUACCAGCCUGCUGCAGGGCCAGACGUCUGAGUGGGCGCUGCUCAAACGCCACCAAAGCGAGGACCUUUUUGGGGUGCAGCUGGAGGGCGCCUUCCCUGACACCAUGACCCGGUGUGCGGAACUGCUGAACCGCACCGUGGACGUGGACUUCGUGGACAUAAAUGUGGGCUGCCCCAUCGACCUCGUGUACAAGAAGGGUGGCGGCUGUGCACUCAUGAACCGCUCCACCAAGUUCCGGCAGAUCGUCCUCGGCAUGAACCAGGUGCUGGAUGUGCCGCUGACGGUGAAGAUCCGCACAGGUGUCCAGGAGCGGACCCACGUGGCCCACCGCCUGCUGCCUGAGCUGAGGGGCUGGGGGGUGGCACUUGCCACGCUCCACGGCCGCUCUCGGGAGCAGCGUUACACCAAGCUGGCCGACUGGCAGUACAUUCAGCAAUGUGUUGAGGCCGCCAACCCCAUGCCUCUGUUCGGAAAUGGGGACAUCUUGUCAUAUGAGGAUGCAAACCGUGCCAUGAAGACUGGUGUCGCUGGGGUCAUGAUUGCCCGGGGUGCCCUGUUGAAGCCAUGGCUGUUCACGGAGAUCAAGGAGCAGCGGCACUGGGACAUCUCGUCAUCUGAACGCCUGGACAUCUUGCGGGACUUCACACACUAUGGUCUGGAACACUGGGGCUCUGACACACAAGGCGUGGAGAAGACCCGCCGCUUCCUGCUCGAGUGGCUGUCCUUCCUGUGCAGGUAUGUGCCUGUGGGCCUCCUGGAGCGGCUUCCCCAGAGGAUCAAUGAGCGGCCGCCCUACUACCUGGGCCGCGAUUAUCUGGAGACGCUCAUGGCCAGCCAGAACUCAGCCGAUUGGGUUCGCCUCAGUGAGAUGCUACUGGGACCUGUGCCGCCCAACUUCGUCUUCCUGCCCAAGCACAAGGCCAACUCCUACAAAUAG